CCCGCUUCGCUGUCCGUCCGGCCGCUUGAAAUAGGGGGAGGGGCGACGGAGCGAACGAGAGCGAGAGUUUGCGCCGCAGGAGAGGAGCGAGAGGCGGAUUGAUCCGGGCAGGGUGGGCUUGGCGAGGAACGUGUGCCCGAGCCUUUCCUUCCUCGGACGCUUCGCUGGUUGCUGCCGGCGAGCCUCAGGACUGCUCUCCGAGCGAGAGUCUCCGGAGCAGCAACUUGGAGAGCUGCUCCAAAAUCUGCAAAAAUUCUCUGCUGCAAGGAAACCAGAGUGAUGUCAUCAGAAGAUGAUACUGGUGGGGAGGCACCCACUGGCAGUUUCUGGGAGCCUGGCAACUACAAGCGGACAGUGAAGCGGGUGGAUGAUGGCAGCCGGCUGUGUAACGACCUUGUCUCCUGCUUCCAGGAGAGAGCCAAAAUUGAGAAGAGCUAUGCACAGCAGCUAACAGACUGGUCCCGCAAAUGGAGGACUGCUGUGGAGAAGGGCCCUCAAUAUGGCACACUGGAAAAAGCCUGGCAUGCAUUCCUGACAGCUGCAGACAAACUUAGUGAGAUCCAUCUGGAAGUACGGAACCGCCUGGCUGCUGAAGACUCGGACAAGAUUAAGGCCUGGCAGAAGGAAGCCUACCAUAAACAGAUGAUGGGCGGCUUCAAGGAGACAAAGGAAGCAGAGGAUGGAUUCCGCAAGGCCCAGAAGCCCUGGGUUAAAAAAUUGAAGGAUGUGGAAACUUCGAAAAAGAAUUACCAUAGUUCUCGUAAGGAGGAAAAGACGGCACAGACACGUGAGAAUCAUGCCAAAGCCGAUUCCUCUGUGUCGCAGGAGCAGAUGCGUAAACUGCAGGAGCGUGUCGAGAAGUGUGCUCAAGAAGCAGAGAAGUGCAAGGAUCAGUAUGAGAAAAUGCUGGAUGAGCUGAAUCGCUACAACCCUCGGUAUAUGGAGGACAUGGAACAGGUCUUUGAGGGCUGUCAGGAAGCAGAAUGCAAACGGCUGUGUUUCUUCAAAGAGAUGUUCCUGGAUCUGCACAACCAUCUGAACCUGUCUACCAAUGAUAGCUUCCAUGCACUUUACCGGGAUUUGUAUCAGGGAAUAAUGGCUGCAGAUGACCAAGAGGACCUGAAGUGGUGGCGUCAAACCCAUGGACCAGGCAUGGCUAUGAACUGGCCUCAGUUUGAGGAAUGGUCUUUGGAGACACAGAGGGCAAUCAGCAAGAAGGAAAAAAGUGGGAAAAGCAGUGAAGAUGUGACUUUGACUAGCAUUGUGCCUGCAGGUGAUGGUGUGAAACAGACCCCUACACCGACAAAGCAAAGGUAUUCAUGCCAGGAGGAGCAAAACAGUCACUUCUAUGAUACCCUGAAGGCCUCGGCCUGUAUGAAUGGAGGGAAAGAAGAAAUCUCAGAGUGGUCGGAUGAGGACACUCCCAAGAAGCGCCCAGAGGUCAAUGGGCAUGAGGAUGACAUAAAGGUACCAGGCGUGCGGGUGCGAGCACUGUAUGAUUACGCAGGACAAGAGGCUGAUGAGCUGAGCUUUAAAGCAGGUGAAGAGCUCAUGAAGAUCAGUGAAGAGGAUGAACAGGGCUGGUGCAAAGGCCGGCUUCAGACCGGUCAGGUUGGACUAUAUCCUGCUAAUUAUGUUGAGAAAGUCAUUUCAUGAUUGCUUCCUCCCUUCCCGCUUAAGGUGUGCACCCUGCAAGCAUUUUCUCCAGAGGUCACCAAAUCAUUGGCCUCCAACUUGCGUCAAAAACCAUGAAAAGAAUCUGGAACUUUCUGAGGACACUCUUAUUGUAACCAAUGCUUCAUUUUAAACAUCUAGAAUUAUGGUGAUGAUUUUUUUUCUAAUAAAGUUAUAUAAAAUUUUCUGAA